AUGGAUUCGCCUUCCAGCUUAAGCCGAGCCAAUUCCUUUAUUGCGGCUGGUACAGUCUCGAUAAUCUAUGCCGUUGACAAUAAUAAUGUCAUCAAAAUCCGUCCCACAGCAGGGGAAUUCGAACGUCAAGCUUACGAGAUUGAAAUUCGCUCUUAUAAACGACUUGGACACCAUAAACGCAUCGCAUCUUGCGAGGUGACCGAGGAAGGUCUCAUACUAAAACGUGGAACUUGUCUUCGCGGCAUGCUCCAGAGUGUUGGCGAAUCUGCUAUUCCUUGGCCCGUAAAGCUUCAGUGGGCGCUAGAAGCUGCAGAAGGCCUCUCGUAUAUCCAUAGUAAGGGGAUCAUCCAUGCAGACGUUGGCUGUCACAACAUCAUCGUGGAUAAUGCCAAACAUAUCAGGUUUAUUGACUUCGCUGGCUCCGGUAUCGACGGUGAAGCCCCCCUUAGUCUGCUAUGA